GCCCCUGACCGGAAUCAAACCUGGGACCCUUCAGUCCGCAGGCCGAUGCUCUCUAUCCACUGAGCCAAACCGGUUUCGGCCAGGGGCUUGUUUCUGAUGCUUGCAUGCAGUAGACUGACCAUUAGCCUGGAGGAUUACCCAAAUUUAGCUUUGCAAUAAAACAAGAAUAUAGGCCCAGGAGGGAAGGGAAUUUAUAGUGAUUAUAAUGAUCAUUUACAAUCGUCAUUCCAGGGUUAGCUUCUGACUACACGUUGUGGCUGUCCAUGUUACUAGCUCUUCCCCUAUGUUUGUAGCAUAGUGGCCAAAGAUGUGGCAGUUUUAUAAACUAAAAGCCUUCCACCAUGCUUUCAAAUUAGAACGUGGGAAAGGUCCGCUGAGGGCUAAUGCCAAUUCCCAGUGAAAAGUGGGUUGGUUGUCACACAUUGAGCAUUGUUAAAGCAAAUGCUGGUGCCUCACAGCUGAUUGGUGCGUUUUCUCUGGGAAGCAUGGCCCCAAGUUUUCCCUGUGCCCCUCUCAUCGCUGCGCCUCGCCUGCGUGACUGCGAGGCCCCGAGGUGCAGCCCCGCCCGAACGCGGCAGCCUCGCCACGGCCACGCGGUCCCAAGACAAACCCGCGCUGAGGCGGCUGCCCCGGGCGCUGGCUGAGGGCGGUCCACAAAGCCAGGCCUGAUUUAUUCGGUAACCGUUAGGGAACUCGGACUAUAUUAGGGAACGUUCUAGAAGUUGGACCUUUGUCAAUGCCUCCAGGCAGUUUCGUCCACCCCCUGAUCCCCGCUUCGGCGCCCUUCGGGUCGCGCGGUCUUCCCUGGCUCGCUCCGCUCCAGCUGUGCACACCGGGUCCCAGCCGCACCUCCCCGGUCCUCCCCACUCGCCUACGGCCACCCCCGGCCAUGCUGCGGCGCUGCGGCGGCGCGGGGAGGGCCGCAGGGGCGGGGACGCCGGGCGGGGGCGGCGCUGCCCGAGCGCGGGGAGCCGGUCGCCGGGCGGGCGCGGGGCGGCAUGGCGUGGCCCUGCAUCAGCCGCCUCUGCUGCCUGGCGCGGCGCUGGAACCAGCUGGACCGCUCGGACGUGGCGGUGCCGCUGACCCUGCACAACUACUCGGACGUUGAGAGCGAGGAGCCGGGCCCGGGCGGCGCCGCCUUGCGCACGGGCGCGUCCCCCGCAGGCGCCCGGGACCCCGGCCGGGACGUGCCGCUCACUCAGUACCAGCGGGACUUCUGCGCGUGGCCCGCGCCCGCGAGGCCCAGAGAUGCGACGCAGGGGCGCAGGCCGGGGGCAGGCGGCCGGAGGGGCACCUCUCCCGCACCCCCUGGCCAGGGGAUCUACGUGCUCCCCAUCGGCGAUGCGGACGCGGCUGCAGCAGCGACCUCGUCGUACAGGCAGGAAUUCCAGGCCUGGACUGGAGUCAAGCCGGCAAGAUCCACAAAGGCGAAACCGACCACGGUGAUCACAGCCCACAGCUCGGGAUGGGCCGGCGGCCCUGGGGCCGGAUUCCAGGUCCCUGAGGUGAGGAAGACGUUCACUCCUAACGCCUCAGCCAUCUUCCAGGCUCCGGCUCCCCGGAUCCUCAACGUGUAACUCCCACCGAGGAGAGAGCCAGCGGGCUGGAAACGGGUGAGAUCUGGGACCGACAGUCCCCUGCUGUCAGAGGGGGACGGCUCCUGCCUUCUCACCCUGGGGUGCACUCCCCCCAGCUGCCACCGGGCUGCAAGCCUGGCGCAGGACAUGGCACCACUCAGCCCAACUCUGGACCUCAGCCAUCCUCAGGAAGCGUGCGAAGUCUCCUGAUCUUUCAGUUGCCCAUUUGGGCCGCCCUUAUUUUUAAACUGGAAGAACUCGAGGAUGAAUUGUUGUGAACUGAACUGGCCCAGGGGCACUGAGGCAUGUGGACAGCAGGUCCCUGAAAGAGCCAGUCAUGCCCGCUGUUUUCCUGGCUGCAUGGUAACGUACAGCCUGCGGUAACCAAGGUAACGUUCUUGGCUGUUCCUACAAAUGGUCCCACAUGUUCAAGCUGUAGAAGAAACCUUAGGUUAUCACCUGCAUGUGAUCCAUAAUUACCAGCAAGAAGUUACCAAAAAAACACACAGAAGAUCAAUCACAGGGUUUCAAUUUUAAAGACAUAGCUUCUUUAUGGCCAAGAUGACCCUGGUGUUUUUAUUUUUCUUUUUUUCUGUUUUUUAUUGAUUUCAGAGAGGAAGGGAGAAGGAGAGAUAGAAACAUCAACGAUGAGAGAGAACAUUGACUGGCUUCCUCCUGCAUACCUCCUA